AUGAGACCGAGAAGGAGCUGCCAAACGGGCGCUCCGCGCUCCAGAAGAAGCGGUCGCGACUCCCGCCGCAAGUCCCGCCGCGACUCGGGUCACGAGUCUGAUGGUGAGGAUGAUGGUAUUGAUUUUGCGACUAUGAGAGUCCCCCUGGGGCCUCAAGCGACCGGCAGUUCUGUUAGACGCGUCGGAGACUCCCUCGACCGUAGCUUCGGUCCCGGAAUCGUUGCCCCUGGUGCCUUCGCCGACAGUCCGUCUGCGUAUGCUACCAGCACCGCUAGUGCCACGGUCAAAACGACGCCUAGCGGUGCUGUCCCGCUUGAAGAGAGCGAAAGUGUCUCCAUCAUGGGCGCUGCCGAUCAUGGCCAGCGUUACAGUGACACCAGUGAUUCCUCCCUCGAUGACUUCCCCGACGUCGAGAAGACGCAGCAGGCCGACGACGUGGCCGUCAACCAUGCGCUUCCUCUCAACUACACGCCCGCGGAGAGCCACGACGAUGGUAAACACACUGACCACACGUCUUUCCUCGCAACAGCAUCGGAAGUUGAACGGCGCAACGAAGGCGCCCAGCGCCUCGACAUUGCCGCCGCCAGCACCAUUAUCCGUCAGUAUCCCCCGCCCCUCCCAUCCGUUUGCCAGCAAACAACCAUACUCACCACCGCCGUCCCUCCAGACCCUUCCAUCGAACACGACCACAACCAUCCCGCACUGCUAGCAAAUAUAAGCCACGCGCCACCCCCCUCGCAAACCACCACCACCAACGAACAGCCGCCCCGCGCCGCCGCCAUUCAUAACAAUCCCAGCCCGCUCUCCCACGCGUCCCUUUUCUCCUCCUCCUCCUCCUCCUCCUUCUCCUCCGCCUCCUCCUCUCCGUCGCAGAGCACUCCGCCCAUGCCCAUGCCCCGCACGCCGCCCCAGCCUGCCUCCGCCGCCGACGAGGACGACCAGAACGACCAAAACGACCGCAACGACGAGGAGAUGAAGUACGACCCCAGCGUCGUGCCCGCGAAGCGGCACCGCGAGGACGAGGGCAUGUUCAACGGCCGCUACGACUACUGGGGCGUCGACUUUUGCCUCGGGGUGCGGCACGUCGGCGUCAAGCCGCGCGGGGGGGUCGGAAAAGACGACGAUGAUAAUGACGAUGACGAUGACGAUGACGAUGACGAUGAUGAUGACGAUGACGGUGAUGACGAUGACGGUGAUGACGAUGACGACUACGACACUAGCAAGGAGGAGAAGACGAAGACGAAGACGAAGACGAAGGGGGAGAGGAAGAGGAAGAGGAAGAACACGAAAAAAACGAAGAAGAAAAAGAACAAGUACAACAACAACCGCGCCUCCGGCUUCCAGGUCCUCCUCCUCUACACCGGCUACCCCCGCCCGCGCUGGCUGCCGCUCGAGUGGAACGCCACCAACCACGACAUCGCGUACUUCUUCCACGCGCACCCGCACAAGCGGCCGCCGCACUACCGCCCCCCGCCGGACUUCGACGCCGACGGCCUGGCGGCGCCGCGGGCGCCGUCGGCCGAGUGGCGCGAGGCGUGGGAGGCGGCGAGGCGCGAGGCGGAGGAGAGGUUCCCGCGGGCUUUUAGGCGGAAGGAGUGGGAUAGGGGCGGCGGCGAGGGCAUCACGGGCGGGGUGCAGGUUGAUGUCGAUGUCGAUGGCGAUGUCGUUGAGGAGGAGCAGGCGGCGGCGUCGGCGUCGGACAGGCCUGUCGGUGGCGAGUCUGCUGCUGCCGCCCGGGAGCCGGAUGCCGUUCGGUUGCCUACGAAGUCUAACGUCAUGACCAGGGAGAUGACGACGCGGCAGGCUGGGUUGAAGCGCAAGGUGUCUACGGUUGUUGGGUCUGAUGGCAAUGGGGACGACGGCGGCGGCGGCGGUCCGCCAGAGAAGAAGCGCCGCGUGUUGCGCGAGCGGAAAAGCGCGUCGUGGCCCACUGCGCCCGAGUUGUGGGCAGAGGAGGAGUGGAGGAUGGGGGAGGAAGCAGAGGAAGAGGACGGUAUGAGCGCGGCUGGCUUUAUGGAAGAUGAAGUCAAGGAAGUGGUGGAAGACGACAACGACGAGGAGAGCGACGAGGACGUGCAAGACGAGUUCGGAGGCACAGAGGGCGAGAUGGUGGUGGAGGAGAAAAAUCAUGGCUGGACACCACUUCCCCGCUGA